GGCAAGGGAAAAUAUUAGUGAUACGUAAUACAUGAUAAAAAAAAAAAUCACAUUUCAUUUUCCUUUCAAUUUUCCAGGGUAAACUCAAAAAUAAGAAAAUCACAUUCCAUGACAUCCCCCCUGACUUUAGUAUUUUCCUUGAUCGAAUCACACCCUUCAGCUUGGGUCAGCUUGAAGUGCCUGAAGAUGAGGUGAUGCAUAAGACAAAGACCUGUUAAGAAGAGUUUACAUUCCUGUUGGCCUUACCUGAUAUAGCAUUACUCAGAAUCCAAGUGCAUGAGUGUGUCAUGUCUGAGAAGGACGACUUGGCAGUACAAAUAUGCUUACCUGUUCUUAAGUUAAGAUCAGGCAUUUGUGACAUUCCUAUUAGAAAAGGAGAGAAUUUCACUGUGGUUCACCAUGACAUGAGUGCUCCCUUGGCACAUUACUUUAUAUUCACCGGACAUAACUCUUAUCUCACUGGAAAUCAAUUCAGCAGCAAAAGCAGUGACAAACCCAUAGUGAAGGCUCUAAAGGAAGGCGUGAGAGUGAUCGAAUUGGACCUUUGGCCUAAUUCAAGAAAGAAUGACAUCAAAGUUUGUCAUGGCAGGACAUUGACAUCACCGGUUAAACUAAUCAAAUGUUUGAAAGCCAUCAAGAACAAUGCAUUUGUUACUUCAAAAUAUCCUGUCAUAAUAACUUUUGAAGAUCACCUUGAUGCAAAUCUUCAAGCAAAAGUGGCAAUGAUGGUCAAACAAACUUUUGGAGACAUGCUGUUUUGUCCUGAAUCAGAUCUAAAUGAGUUUCCUUCACCAGAAUGUCUAAAGGGGAGAGUUAUGAUUUCAACAAAGCCUCCAAAGAAAUACUCAAAGUCUGGGAGUGUAAUCAAACGACAUUCCAUAAAAGAGACCAGUUUUGCUACCAAUGGACUUUCAUCCACUCAUGGGUCUCACCAUUUGGAUGCUGAUGUUUUAGAGGCUGAUGACGAAAAGAGUACAACCGAAUACAAAAAUAUAAUUGCCAUCUGCGCUAGCAAACUCAAGGGUAGUAUGAAAAAUUUACCCAGCCAUGAUCACAAAGUUACUCGUCUUAGCAUGAGUGAAGAAACACUUAAACUUAGUAUAAACAGCCACGGGAAGGAACUUAUCCGGCUUACACAACGGAGCUUUUUGAGAGUGUACCCCAAGGGUUCGCGCAUCACAUCAUCAAAUUAUAAUCCUUUUACUGGAUGGAUGCAUGGAGCUCAGAUGGUUGCAUUUAACAUGCAGGGAUAUGGAAAGUAUCUAUGGAUUAUGCAAGGGAUGUUCAGAGCUAAUGGCUGCUGUGGUUAUUUGAAAAAACCGGCAUUUCUAUUAGGCGAUGGAAACUAUGAUGAAGUUUUUGAUCCCAUGGCUUUGCCAGUAAAAAAAACUUUGAAGGUUAAUAUAUAUAUGGGAGAAGGGUGGCGUACGGACUUCCACUUCAGACAUUUUGAUUUUUGUUCACCGCCAGACUUCUACACAAAGGUCAGCAUAGUAGGAAUGCCAUGUGACCGUACGAGAGCAAAGAAAACUCACAGAAUUGAUGAUCAGUGGGUGCCAACAUGGAACGGCAAUGAAUUUAAGUUCCAGCUACGCUUUCCUGAACUAGCAUUGCUUCGGGUUGUGGUUAGGGAUCAUGACCCUGCUGGAGAAGAUGGAUUUGGUGGGCAGACUUGCUUGCCUAUUUCCGAGUUGAAAGCUGGCUUCCGCUCUGUUCCACUGUAUGACCAUAGAGGCGACAAAUACAAAAAUGUCAGGCUCCUUAUGGGUUUUGAGUUUAUUUGACGUGUACUUGCACACACCCACACCAUAGACUUAGUUCACAUCAAUGGGUUGGAGCGUCGUGUGCUUAUGGGUUUCUUAAGAGUCUUUUGGCUUGAGAAGGUUGUAAAGGGCGGAGUUCGACCCUUUACAAGUUUUCGGAAAUUAAGAAUGAAUGCAUUUAUAAGCAUGAUGUUCUCUCUCAUGCAAAAGGGUCUAUUGAUAUGAGUUUGGAGCAUCAUGAUCGUUUGUGCAUUUUAAGAACAUUGAAUAUACCUCUGGGUUUUUAGAUCCAAUGCCCCAUUGAGCCAAGAAGUGAGCUGUAAUAUUCAUUUCUUGAAAGCGAGUAACAAAAUGUAGAUUAUAAGGACUUCAACAUGAAUUUUAGGUGUAUUUAUAGGUUUUGGUUUAAAUGAGUGAUU